GAAGCUGCAGUGUUCCAGCCCCCUCCUCACACUAAUGUUUAUGUGCUUUGUCAGCUGUGUCUUCUCUUGCACAAACUCCGGACUUCGAGCCUGAAUCUCAAGCUUUAUCUUCAACUAUCUCAAGCUUUCUUAUCACGUCGUAUCGCUCUACUGACCCACCCCUUUCGGACCUUGAGCAGACCCAAAGCGGUGCACGUUAUUUUCCCUUUUUUUCUAACCCCACCCCCUCAAACUGUGAAACAUGACAUUAAAUUCCAAUAAAAACGAACCUUCUGUCACUCUGGAGCGUGUGAACAGCGCGCGAACGGCUCUCUCCGAUCUCUAUCUGGAACAGCUGCUGCAGAAUAAACCUAAGUCUGACAAGGCCGCCAUGCAGACAUAUGACAACAAAGGACAGGAAGUCUUCACCAACGGCAGCGCGGGCCACAUGAACGGCAAAGACGUAACCAAGAUGAGAGAAGUGGCCUUUGAGAAGAACCCCUCUGAGCCACUGGGUGUAACUCUUAAGCUGAAUGAAAAGCAGAGGUGUACAGUGGCCAGAAUAUUGCAUGGAGGGAUGAUACACAGACAAGGUUCUUUACAUGAAGGUGAUGAAAUCGCAGAGAUCAAUGGGAAAAGUAUUGCUAAUGAAAGUGUAGACCAACUGCAGAAGAUUCUGAAAGACACAAACGGUGUUGUCACAUUGAAAAUCAUCCCCAAUCAGCAAAGUCGCCAUAUGGCAUGUGAGAUGUAUAUGAGAGCACAGUUUGACUAUGACCCUGCCAAAGAUGACCUGAUCCCUUGCAAAGAAGCCGGACUGAAAUUCCAAACGGGUGACAUCAUUCAUAUCAUCAAUAAGAAAGAUCCAAACUGGUGGCAAGGAAAGGUGGACAGCUCCUCCACAGACUUUGCAGGACUCAUCCCUUCUCCAGAACUUCAGGAAUGGCGAGUAGCAAGCAAAAGCAAAGCGACACGGGAAGCCGGACAGUCCUGCAGUCCUUUUGGCAAGAAGAAGAAAUGCAAAGACAAAUAUCUGGCCAAACACAGCUCAAUCUUUGACCAGCUUGAUGUAAUAUCCUAUGAAGAAGUGGUGAGACUUCCUGCAUUCAUCCGGAAAACUCUGGUUCUGAUCGGUGCACCUGGAGUUGGAAGGAGCCAUAUUAAAAAUUCCCUGCUGACCAAAUAUCCUGAGAAGUUUGCCUACCCAGCACCACACACCACUAGACCUCCAAAGAAGGACGAGGAGAAUGGCAAAGAAUAUUACUUUAUUUCCAAUGAUGAAAUGACCAAGUGUAUCGUCGGGAAUCAGCUACUUGAAUACGGCAGUCACCAGGGACACAUGUUUGGUACGAAGAUCGAAACUGUUAACAAGAUUCACGCACAGGGGAAAAUUGCUCUGCUGGAUGUGGAACCACAGACGCUGAAAGUGCUCAGAACGGCGGAGUUUGCUCCUCUUGUGAUGUUCAUUGCUCCUACUAACACUGGCAAUCAGUCAGAGGCAGUGCAGAACAUCCAGAAAGAAUCUGAUGGCAUCCUCAGUUCAUACCGCCACUUCUUCGAUGAAAUGCUCGUCAACAAUGACGUAGAUGAGAGUGUUAAGGGUGUAGAGGAGGCCAUCGAGAGAGCCUCCUCGACCCCACAGUGGGUGCCAAUCUCAUGGGUGUACUAAAAACCCCAGUCCCUUUCCCUAAUCUCCCCUCCAAAUAUACCAUAAGAGUAAACCACACUCACACGGUCAUCAAGACAGUUUGCACAUGAAUAAGUGGUUUAUAGAAUGUUUUAAAAAAAAGCAAUAAGUUUGUUCUUUUUGUUUAAUAUGUGAAUGAUUUUUAAAAGCCAGAGUGCUAUAACCAUACCAGUACAGUAUAUAUAUAUAUAUAUAGCAGUAAGCGAUGACAUUGUUAGCGAUGCAAAAAGGACCUCUACUGUGAUUCAAAAUACCACUCAGUUCAUAAAGGUCUGUGGGUUUUUGAUCUUCCCUGGAAUUUCAGUGUAUUUUUUAUACCAUGUGCCAUGGUGUUCUUAAAUAUAAUUACGUUUAAAAAAACAAACAAAUGUUAAAAUCACAGGGAAAUUGUAUCAAUCUAUAUUUGAAAGGAGGUUCGUCUUGUGCUGAAACGUUUCUCAUUAUGAUAUAUGGAUUUACCUCAAGUCAUAAUGUAGGGCACUUUUAAAAGAACUGAAUAAACGUCUCCCCACACUUCA